AUGGGCGUCACUGGAUCGGGAAAGAGCUCGUUUAUAUCCCUCCUUGCCGAUCAAGACGUCGAGGUGUCCCACAGCUUACGCUCUAACACGGUGAACGUCAAGGCAUAUAGCUUCACCGAUGACUCUGGCAGGACGGUUUUCCUGGUCGAUACGCCAGGUUUCGACGACACGGCUCGCUCCGAUGCGGAGAUUUUGAAGGACAUUUCCUAUUUCCUAGCCGCCAUGUACGCCAACAGGAUCCGACUGGCCGGACUCAUCUACCUGCAUCGCAUCUCUGACGCCAGGAUGCUCGGUUCGGCAGUGAAGAAUCUCAGCGUGUUUAAGAAUUUGUGUGGGGAGUCCGCCUUCGGGCAUGUCGUCCUGGCAACGACCAUGUGGUCGGAAAUGGAACGAAACGGUGAAGCAGACGUGGCGCAUCAGCGGCUAUCUGAGCUACAGAGCACCUACUGGGCUGACAUGAUAGAGUUGGGGAGUAUGGUCGCGCGGCACAUUGGCCAACGGUCAUCGGCUCGAGAGAUGGUCCGCAUGCUGAUGGAGAGAGCCACUUCCUCCCUCGUCACUCUUGACAUCCAGCGACAACUGGUGGAUGAGGGAAAGACCUUGGCCGAGACCGAAGCCGGGAAGCUGAUCCUCGCAGAUAUCAGUGCGACACGGAAGAAUUACGACCGAGAACGUGCUGAGCUACAGGAGAGUCUGGACGAGGCACAGAGGGAAGAGGACGAGGAAGGCACUGAGAGCAUCAUUAGCGAACUCAGUGCCAUCGGCGCACGGGCCCGCCAGCGCCAUGAUGAUGGCAUUAGCCUAGGGGUCAAUAUCCGACAACUGGCCGAAGAGCAGCAUCCACGGUACCUGAACCUCAUCACGACUCUGCAGCAGGACAGCACCGACGCUGGCAGUAGUGGGCCUGCCCCUGACCCUAGAAGUGAGGAUCUCGAUGCCAGGGUACGGUAUCUGGAGCGGAGGCUCAAGGAGAAGGAUGAUGAAGUGGCAGAGAUGCACAAGAGACAACAACACCAAUCACGUCGAAGCGAGGCUAAAAGAGACAGGGGAUACCCGUAUACCGUCGAGCGGCGACCCAUCAACAAGGUUGAAGAUGGGAAGCAGGAUCAGAAUGUCGUCACGCAGCUCUUGACCAAGAUUGGGUCCUUCUUGGGCGUAUCCGAUGAGAAAGAGAAAGAGAAAGGUAGGUUGGUACUGGUAAGGAACAAUAGUACACCAAGCUCAAUGUCGGACGCAGAGCAUCGGUGA